CAUUCUCACAUCUUUUAUUUUGCUAUUAGAUAUUAUAUACACUAUCUUUUUAUAUACGUGCUGAAUUUUUAAAAUCCCACCUACCAUAUAUUAAACUCCAAAAACUUAACUAAAACUAUGUGGCAGUUAAAGAAAUUGACUUCAAAGACAAAAGAAGGGUACUCUUCUCAAUACUAUAAAGCAACUUAUUUUUUGAGCCAUCUCCUUAAACUCAAACCACCCACACACAUUCCCCCCCCCCCCUCCUCCCAAAAAAAAAAAAAAAAAAAGAAAAUAAGAAAAUAAAAGAGUGAGAUGGCUAAAAAAAUAAGCUGCGUAAUAGUAUUUUUCUCAAUCUAUAUGACAGUUAUUUCCAAAUCAGUAAAUGUUGAUAAAUUAUGGAGAUCUAACUGCCCAAACAACACCAUGUUUGCUAACAGUAGCCAAUAUGAAGCCAAUCUAAAUACCCUAUUUGGUUAUCUCUCUGGCAACGCCACCAACCUCGCCGGCUUUUAUGAAGCUGUUUCUAACAACGGCAACACUUCAAGCGAAACAAUCUACGGUAACUUUCUCUGUCAAGGGGACUUAGAUCCUAGAUUGUGCUACGAUUGUGUUAUCGCUGCCACCACCAAGGACUUCCCUAUGACACGGUGUCCCAAUCGUAAAGUUGCCAUUUUAUGGUACGAAGGUUGUAUGGUAAGGUAUUCAAACCAAUCAUUUUUUGGUAAAUUGGACGAGAUGCCGGCAGAUCAAAUGCUAAGUGGUGACGAUGUACAAGGGAACAUAACCCAUUAUACCGAGCUUGUGAAUAACAUGAUGUCUGUGAUUGCUAAUCGUGCUCCAUUUGACGGGUCACAGAAAAAAUUCGCAACAUACAUCACAAAUUUCACAGCCUUCGGUACAUUAUAUGGGUUGGGACAGUGUACGCCUGACUUGAGCCCCAAUGAUUGUAAGUCGUGCUUGGAGAACGGUGCUUCGAAACUGUCGACGUUGGUUCAGGGUGCACGAUAUUUUCAGCCUAGUUGUUUUGUCAGGUACGAGUUAUAUCCGUUCUUUAGUUUAUCAUCGCAACCCCCUGCACCUUCACGAGAAUCUCCAGCAAGUGAUUCAAGCGGCAUGGAAGCAAAGGAAUGAUGGGGCACCCUUGGAAUUUGUUGAUCCAAAUAUAAGGGAUUCGUGCUCGGUAAAUGAAGUCCUAAGAUGCAUACACCUUGGCUUGCUGUGUGUUCAAGAGUCAGUGGACGAUAGGCCUACAAUGGCAACAAUAGUCCUCAUGUUAG